CUAGAGCCAGAUCGUCAAACGUUAGUUUCCGUACAAAACUGCUGCGUAUCGAAAGGCGAGCGGUAUUCUCGAUUCAAGUUUAAGUAUUGUCACAGCAUUCAAUAUUCCGCUAGAUUUGUGCCCAUGUCGCAACGUGGACGACGGACUCAAGAAUGGGAUGUGCGCGCUUCGACGCUGGCUCGCAAUACCCAUAACCUGAUCAGAAGUAUCGUGGAGAACCUUACAGUGGAACCCAAUCCUAGCAAGCCAUUCAUCGCUCUUUCUGUUGGCGAUCCGACGACUUUUGGCAAUUUGAAUCCACCGGAACAAGUGUUGCAAGCGGUACGUGAGAGUAUCGAACUUCAUACAAGUCGGGGCUAUGGUCCCGCUAAGGGUCACCAGGAGGCUAGAGAAGCAGUGGCAGAGUACAGCGCACACCAGGGCAAUGUGACCGCAGAAGAUGUGAUACUCUGCAGCGGAUGUUCUCAUGCCAUCGAAUUGGUGAUAUCAGUACUCGCAGACUCGGGACAGAACAUUCUUGUACCAAAACCGGGGUUUAUGAUUUAUAAAACACUAGCUGAAGGAUUAGGAAUAGUUAUAAAAUAUUACAAUUUACUGCCAGAUAAGCAGUGGAUGGUUGAUUUGGAUGACUUGGAAAAUCAAAUCGACGAGGACACAGCCGCUAUUAUAGUUAUAAAUCCAUCGAAUCCUUGCGGUUCCGUAUAUAAUAAGGAUCAUUUAAAUGACAUAUUAGAUAUAGCAUCCAGAAAUCGUGUGCCUAUUAUAGCAGAUGAAAUAUACGAGCAUUUUGUGUUUUCGGGCAAUGAAUUCACAGCUAUAGCUUCACUAUCGAAAGAUGUCCCUGUUUUAACUUGUAGCGGACUUACAAAGCGGUUUUUGGUGCCCGGUUGGCGAUUAGGAUGGAUUAUAAUACACGAUAGACAUAAUAUCUUAGGGAAAGAGGUGCGAAAUGGCUUGGCUAACCUGGCUACGAGGAUACUCGGCCCCAGUACACUAAUACAGCGCGCUCUGCCGGCCAUAUUGAAAUAUACGCCGCAAAGUUUCUUCGAUGAAGUGAUUCUAUUUAUUGAGAAUCAAGCGAAAAUGGCAUACGAAGAACUCCUUCGGGCGCCAGGACUGCGCCCCAUUAUGCCACAAGGAGCAAUGUAUAUGAUGAUAGAAAUCAAAAUAUCGCAUUUCCCUGAAUUCAAGAAUGAAUUGCAAUUUGUAGAGCGAAUGGUAUCUGAACAAUCCGUGUUCUGUUUACCUGGCAGGUGUUUCGAGUAUCCCAAUUUUAUGCGGAUAGUAUUAACUGUGCCGGAAGAUAUACUCCGCGAAGCAUGUCAGAGAUUGGUGAUAUUUUGUAAAGAACAUAUUGAUAUAGGAGAAAAAUGCAAGGAGAUAGACAACAAUAUCAUACCAGUGACUAACGAAACCGAAUUUAUUUGUGAUAAUUAGAUUUAUACAAGUUUCUUUUAAUCAAUUUGUUA